AUGCCUCUUGAAAGUUUUGAAGAAUGGAUCGAUACAAAAGACGGUAUUAGACUAUAUACUAAAACUUGGAAGUCAGUAAGCGAACCUCCAAUAGCAACGGUGGUGUUUUCGCAUGGUUUUGGUGAACAUGUAAAUCGAUAUAAUCAUGUAUUUGAUAAAUUUCAAUUAAAAAACAUCGAAGUAUAUGCAUUUGAUCAACGUGGUUUUGGUCAAACAGGCAAAAAAAAUAAAAAUCUUGGUAUUACGGGUGGUUGGAAAGUUGCUAUGGCUGAUAUAACCGAGGCUUUGAUUAGAAAAAGAAGAAAAGGUAUACCACAAUUUUUAUUCGGUCAUAGUAUGGGAGGUGGCAUAGCGUUAAAUUAUGCUUGUGAAGGUCCAGAAAGAGACAAUUUAGCUGGCAUAAUUGCAUCAGCACCCUUAGUACUACCAUCUGUACAAUCAAAACCUGCACAACCAGUCGUGACAAUUGGUAGUGCGCUUAGUAAAGUUUUACCAAAUUUAACCAUACCUGUUGGUAUGAAUGCAAAAUAUAUUAGUAGAGAUCCUGAAGAAGUGCAAAAAUAUAUCAAUGAUCCUUUAAUUCAUGGCGCAGCUUCUCUACGAUCUCUUAAUGAGAUGUUACAAGGUACAAAAUCUGUUUUAAAAGAGAAGAAUAAGAAUAUAACAGGUCCAAUUUAUAUUUGUCAUGGGAGUGAUGACCCAGUCACUUCCCCCGAUGCUUCAAGACAAUUAUUUGAAAAAAUUUCAGCAAAGGAUAAAACUUACCGUGAAUGGCCUGGACUUUAUCAUGAAAUGCAUAAUGAUUUUGAAAGAGAUCAAGUAAUUGAUGAUUGGAUUCAAUGGAUUCUUGAUCACGUUAAUUCGACCAAGAAUAAUUACGCUGGAGAUAGGAAAAAAACUAAACUUAUUCAAAGUCCUAGGAAUCUUGGUUUAGCUUCGGCAUAA